AUUCUUGUUUUGUCUUUUGCAUCUGUCUAAAUUGUAAAAAAUGUAAUGAUGUUAAGGUUUGCAUAACAUUUUAAUUUGACCUGCAUUAUCUGUUUUGUUGCAGGUAACAGAUAUGUCAAAACAAGUUGGAGUCCAGUAUUCGCCAACGAAAAUGGGCCUGGCUAUUGAGGCCGUUCGAAGUAAGGCAAUGUCUAAACGCAAAGCUGCCAUGACGUUCGGUGUGCCGAGGUCAACGCUCUUAGACAAGCUGAGUGGGCGUGUCCCGGAGGCAAGGACUCGUCCUGGUCCAGCGACGGUCUUAUCAGCAGCAGAGGAAGACGUGUUGGUGAAUUAUAUCAAAUUAAUGGCUUCCAUUGGAUAUCCGGUUUCGCGCGAGGAACUUUUAAACGAGGUCAAAAAGAUUAUUGAUGUUGAUGGGCGCAAAACGCCAUUUAAAAACAACAAACCAGAAAAAGAUUGGUUCUAUGCCUUCAAGAACCGUCAUCCAGAUUUAAGCGAGCGCUUCGCCAUGACACUUGGGCACCAACGCGCCUUUGUUAAUAUGGCUAUGAUUGAAUCAUGGUAUUCAAAUCUGUUUAAAUACCUUCGAGAUGAAAUAAAUGGGUAUGAAAAUAUGAUUCAAGACCCUCGACGGAUUUUUAACGCCGAUGAGAGUGGAUUCCCACUUUGUUAUAAAUCUGGAAAAGUACUUGCACAAACGGGUGCACGACAUGUUUACAACGUUACAUCUAGUAACAAACAGCAGAUUACGGUCAUGGUCUGCUUCAAUGCAUUUGGCGACUUCUUCCCACCAUUGAUUGUCUAUCCAGGUGAAAGAUUCCGCGAUAUCGGAUUGAGCAGUUUUCCAGAAGCUAUAUAUGGCCAUACUUCUAAUGGGUGGAUGGACAGUGAGCUCUUUGUGACAUUUCUGGAAGAAUUUUCAAAUUACGUAGAUCAGAAGAAAAUUACCAAACCUGUUAUACUUUUCGUUGACGGACAUUCGACUCACAUGUCCAGGAGCGCCGCUGAAUUCUGCGCCGCUAAUGGAAUCAUUCUAUAUUGUCUUUUGCCUAACGCCACCCACAUUCUGCAACCAUGCGAUGUUGGAUUUUUUUCCCCCAUGAAGGCUUCUUGGAAGAGACACUUGAAAAAUUGGCAAAUGGAAAAUAUUGGAGAGAUUUUAACAAAAAAGGACUUUCCCAAAGUGUUCAAGGCAGCAUGGGACGCCGUUACCAGCUUUGAAUUAGCUGUACGGGGGUUUCGAAGGUCCGGACUGUUCCCGUUGGACCCUUCCGGGAUAGACAAAACAAAACUUGAGCCUUCUAAACUUGCCAAUCCUGUCACCAUGGCUCUUGAUCGAGACCAAGUUCCUGCCCAAGCCCUAGUACCAGACAAUGCAAAAGCGCCUGUUCAAGCCUCAAAACAAGCCCAUGCCCCUUCCCAAGCCCCAGAAAAGGAUCCGGUCCCGAUCCAAAUGUACUGCAGCGAGACCGAUGACAAGUCGGAAAAGUUUUGUUUUGAGCAAUGGUGCGAGAAGCGAGCGGAAGAAAGUCUCCAGUUCACCAUUGGUCAUAUUGUGCUGACAAUGGAGUUGACUAUUUUGUCCUUCAUCAGAUCUUUCUGA